CCUAGAAGAAUAAAAAAAUAAGCGGGGCAGGGCUCGGGAGCCCGCGGCAUCCCCGGCGCGGGGGAGUGCGUGUGCGGGGGGUGCCCCGCAGCCGCUGCGGGUCCGGCGCGAUGCGCCCCGCGCUCGGCUCUGCGGAAUAACGCGGCCGCCGCUCGCUGUCCGCGGCCCCGGGGCGGACGGACCCGACCGCUGGCAAUUCCCCUAUUGAUGUCCAUGAAUGCAAACACCAUGAUUUUCAUGAUCCUGGGCGCCUCUAUCGUUAUGGCAAUAGCUUGCUUGAUGGACAUGAAUGCGUUGUUGGACAGAUUUCACAAUUACAUCUUACCGCAUCUGAGAGGGGAAGAUCGAGUUUGUCACUGCAACUGUGGGAGGCACCACGUCCACUACGUCAUCCCGUACGAUGGGGACCAGUCAGUGGUGGACUCCUCAGAGAACUACUUUGUGACUGACAAUGUAACCAAGCAGGAGAUUGAUCUGAUGCUGGGACUUUUGCUGGGCUUUUGUAUAAGCUGGUUUCUGGUGUGGAUGGAUGGGGUUCUGCACUACGCAGUGCGAGCCUGGAGAACCAGCCGGCGCUACGACAAUUCCUGGUCUUGGAUUCCCAAGUUCUGUAACCUGAAGGAGCUGAGGAAGCGGCACCACAGGCAGUACGAGGAGGCGGCUGGGAACAUGGUGCACAUCAAACAGAAGCUGUACCACAACGGGCACCCCAGCCCACGGCACCUCUGAGCAACACCCCCCAGACUGCAGGCAGCUUCAAGCAGACUUUGCCCUUCUUCCAGGGGGAACACUUGCUGGUUUGCUCUCUGUGGAAGCCAGCUGAGGACCCGGUUUGACUCGUCCGUGCCGUGUGUCCCUUGGCACGCCACGAUGCACAACUAAGCCAGCCCUGGAUGCCAGGCAGCCAAGGCAUUGCACUGUGUUCCACCUUUUAUGCUCAGACUUGUGUAUAUAUGUAAAAACAGACCAAAACCCAAACCCCAAACGGCAACAAAAGGGAUUUGCAUUGUACUUUGAGCCUGUUUUUCCUGGCACUCAGCUGCCCUGCACAUCCAGCUGCCUUCCAGGGAGUGCUGGCCGAGGGGAUGGAGCUGGGACAACACCAAGAAGAUGCAGUUUCUCACCCAGGAGCUCCAGUCUCCCCGUUUCUUUGGUCCUUUGGCUUGGUUUUGCUCUGCUCUGUUCCUUCCAUUGCUAGAAUGGCUUGGCCAGUCACAGGUUUGGAUGGGGACUGCUGCCAGCGUGGUGGUGAAGGCACAGUGUCCCUUUUGCUUUGGUUCCUGCUCUGGGGAGUUGCUGUGGGAGAAAGAAGUCCUGGGAAUGUGUAACUGCUGUGUUGUUUGUGUUGCUGUACGCUGGAACCUGCAAUCCAGGGAGUCUCAGCAGCAGGGGAAGGGCAGGGUGAGGGCUCAGCCUGGCUGACAGGGCUGCUGCUGGCUGCUUGGCUCCAUUUGGUGCUGGUGGUACUGGGUUGGUGUCUCUGUUGUUCUUCACAGUGUGAAGUGUGUGGAGUUGAGUGGUGUUGGAUCCAACUUGCACCCUGGUUGUUCCUCUCUGCUCUGUAACCACCACCCAGCCCUUGCCUGGCAGGAGAGGAGCUGCUCUCCUCCUCUCAGAGCCCGAGGCCCUGGUUAAUGCCACCCUGGAAACACUGACUCUGUGAGCAGUCCUCCUGCAGCUCAGCAGCCACCCAUCUUCUUCUGUUCCUGCUCCAAGCUGAAACAACCCUUCAGGAGCAGGCUGGGCUUGGCUUGAGGAACACAGUGACGUGUGCCUGAAGCCAAGCUCAUCUCCAGAGCCAGUGGUCCCAAGAACAGGGUCAAUCAGAGCACGUGGCUUUGCCUCAGGUGCAGCUUUCAAGGUUGCUCUCAAAUGUCUGGGACCAACCUCCCAAUGCAGAGAGCUCCUGCACUCCCAGAGCAGCCUGAGGAGUGGAUGGAGCCUGUGUGGACAGCACAGUGGUGCCUGGUGCCUGCAGCAGCCCUGUUGUGCAGGGGGAGAGGAGCAGAGGGGCCUGGGCUGUUGCAGCAGCCAGCAGUGGGGAGAGAGAGGCUGUUACUGAGAGGGAUGAGGGAGGGAAACACCCCAAGAGUUUCAGGUGGUGGCCCUGAAUCCCAGUCACUUCAUUCAUCAUUUUGGGUUGAGCAGGGCUGGGCUUGAAUGGGGAAACCACACAGAACAGAAGGAUGCUGAGUAUGAUCAGAAGCUGCUCUUUUCCUCUGUGAAUCCUUGAGUGUGUCAGUGGGCUCCUGUUGUGUGAUGGAGUGUCUGUGAAGGGAGGAGGACACCAUGACUCCUUGCUCUUCUCCUCCCUACUUCAGUUUCUGUGUCUUGGGGUUUUUUAUUCAUUGUUUCCUCCUGCCCAGGAUCAGUUCAGUCAUUUACAAGCCCCCAGGGUGGCUGAGAGCCAAACAUACCUGUUUGUCUGCCAUUCCUACCUUUGCUGUUCCCUAGAGCCUCUCAUCUUGGAGCCCCAGUUUCUGCCUGGUCUGUACUGCUGUGUGUCAGCUUGACUGUCCUCCAGGACCUGCCAUGGUUGUAAUGUCUGCAGCCAGCUGUUAGUAUCUCAAGCAGGAUUUCUUCCCUAAGCAGCUCCUUUCCCAAGACACACAGCUUUGCAGCCUCCCUCCCCAUAUGAGCUCUGUGUGUCUGACCAUAUGGACCCAUCCUCAGUGGCAGGAGAUGCUCCCUGCAGUGGAGUGGCCCUGGUGUGGUGCCAGAGGAGAUGUGCCCAGGCAGCUGCUGUGUUUGCCCUUUGUGAUGGCAGACACUUAGCUGACAGCAGGGAACAGGCCCUGCAUUGGAACACAGGUACAUGUCAUGGCUGUGCCUGCAGAUGGGACUUUUUGCAGGGGAGGGGAAAGAGUUCCAUCACCAUAAGGGCAAAUACUGGAACUAAUUAGGAGGGGGAAAAAGCACUUUAAUGAAUCUUUUCACUUGCAGCCUCUCAGAAGAGAGACUUAAGGCAGUUGAGAGUGGUUUGCCCUGCUCUAGCAGCUGACCUGAGCUGGAAUGUCGGUAGAUAUGAAACCCACAGCGGGGAGGAGUGAAAUGAGAGCUCACCCUGAUCCAUUCUGACCCACACCAGAACUGCAGAAGAGUAUGAGGCUCUGGAAGAGGGGGGAAAAGAAAUCCACCAUGGGCCACAGUCCCACUGCUUAAGAACAGCCUGGUUUGUCUGCUGGUUACUGUCUGAGCCUCUCUCAUUUACACCCUGCCAAAACCCACCCAACGCCCUCAGUGCAGUUCAGUGGCAGUGAGGCACUGCUCUGAAAUCCAAGGACACCAAAAAUACCCUCACAGAGGAAGGUUUGUCCCAGCACCUGCCAAAACUGUGGGAUCAACCCUGGGGAACUGGCUGGGCCUGUGAUUCUCAUCCUUAGCCCAGGGGCAAAGUUCCAUCCCAUGCAUUGUUUCUGACCCAAGAGAUCUGGUGCAUCUCCUGUGCAGGGCUGGUUUCAAGCAGACAUAAGGUGGGAUUCUUGGUGUGGGGUGGUUUGUUUCUUCUAGGAGGCUUCUGUAGCUUCUCCCCUAUGUAACAGAGACCAGCCCAUGCCCAUUGCUGGGGCUGGGUGACACCAAGUCAGGCUGCAGUGCUGAGAACUCCCUGCACAGGAGCAGCCCAGGUCCCACUUAGCCAUGGUGGUAUGGAAAAGAUGACACUUGUUCCCAACAGCCAAGCAUCUGCCCAGCCUCUGUGGGGAACAACAACCCCCCCAGAGGGGCAGAAGGUCCUGUGUGUUAGCACAGAGCCCCAGCCCCACCACUGCACUGCCCCAUGCAGCACUUGCUCUCUCUCUCUCUGCUUGACACCAGCCCACUUACCCCAAGCCCUCAGCUGAUCCUGCUCAAGGUGUGAUCCUUACCAGCAUCUGGCUUCGUGCUCCCUUGUUCUCUGUGCCAGGGAGGUUGCUCCUGUUGCUCCCAGCUCGGUUGUCUGUAAAGUCUGCACUGUCUCCUUCUCCUGUGCAUGUUGUUUGUUUUGCUUUUUGUCUGGCUGUGGGGAGGGGUGGGGGGGUGUUAUCUCCUUGUUUAAUUGUCUGAGAUGUACCAGUGUUGACUUUGUUGUUCUCUUGCCUCUGAUCCAGCCUUCACACACACACAGAACCCCACAAACCAACCCAACCCCAACACAGAGCAAAACAACACCCCCCACCCCCCCAAAACCAACCCCAAAUGGUAGAGGGGUGAGUGGGGAGAAGGUGAGUUUGGCACCAGGGAGCUGACACAAGCUCAGGGCUGGGCAGGACAAUGGGCAGAAGCUGUGGGAGUGGAAAACAGGGGGCUGCAAAGCUUGCAGCUGGCAGCUGUGUCUGAUGGCAGCUCUGUGGGGACAAAGGAGUGGGAAGUGUGCACCAUGUCUCAGCACUCACCACCAGAUGCUCUGAGGGAGGCUUCUGCAGGAUGAGAGAGUGUGUGUGUGUGGGGGGGGAAUUUUGUGCUGCCUCAGGAGGGGCUAUUUAUAGAGCAGAGACAGAGCUUGAAAGUGGAUGUGCCAAUUCUCCAGAGCUGGGAUUGGCACUGGAAACGUUCUCCUGCAUUUUUUGGUGUGAGGAGCCCAAGGUCUGGCUGCCUGCACAACAAAUGGCUGUGUGCUGGGGCCUGGGAGCUGCUGCAAGGGAGGAGUGUGGAAAGGCAGCUGGAGGGAAGCACAAGCUUGUGAAAUCCACUGGAACAAGCAGUAACUCCUUUUUCAGUUCAAGCAUCUCCUCACCAGCCCUGCUGACCAGGCCCCUGGGUGAGAUCCCUGAGGCCAGGUAAAGCUGAACCCAUUCUAUACCAACCUUUCUGUUCUCCCACCUUCUCAUCUGUCAGCCCAGCACAUUCAGUGGCUCCCAACCACAUGGGCAUGAGAAGGAGGAGGCUGGCUUCACCCGAGGGGCAAGUGCUGUGCCAGGGAGGGGACAGCAGGGCUGCAGGUGGCUUCAGGAAUGAGCCCAAAGCCACCACACAUGGGAUUUCAGGUGUAGCCCAGAGCAGACCCAAGUCCUCUGUGUGCUGCCUUUGGCCUGCUGCUCUCACACAAUGAGAAGGGCCCUGACCCUCUGAGGAGCAGUUUGGGAAGGUGUCUUCUGUGAUCCCAGCCAUCUAACUAUCAUCUGUGACCCUAACCAUCAUCUGUGACCCUAACCAUCAUCUGUGACCCUAAACACCAUCUGUGACCCUAAACACCAUCUGUGACCCUAAGCAUCACCUGUGACCCUAAACACCAUCUGUGACCCUAAACACCAUCUGUGACCCUAGCCAUGCAUGCACCACUAAGGUCAGCAAGCUCUUGAGCCAGGUAGGGACACAUGUGGAUCAAAAACGUUGCAGGCUGGAAACACUGGAGAAUCAGGGGGGUGUGUGUGUGCCAGGCACUGGGCUGUGGAGCAGGGGCCAGCCAGGGCAGGGACAGGGACACAGGAUUGCUGUGAAGACAAGAUUUCCCAGCUCACUGCAGUGCCCAGGAGAGUGAGAGGCACCGAGUGAAGAGAAAAGCAGCAGCCAGGCCUGCAGCCUGCAUGGAUGUGGCUGCUGGGGCAAAAGAGAAGGAAGAGAAGGACUAGGAAAAGGUGGGCAGGGAUGAGGAGGAGCUGGAGAGGCUCAGGGCACCCUCCCAGUUUGUGUAACUCUGUCUCAUCUCAUGCUCUCUGCACCCAGCCUGUUCCUCUUCUCUGGUACCUCCCAUUCAUUCACACUCCUUUCCUUUCCCAUGAGGUUGCCAGUCUGAGUCCCCUCUCCAAGCUGAGCCCUGGCAUGACACCAGGAAGGUGGCUCAAUCCUGCAGGGCUCAGCACCCUCAGCUCACAGGGGGGCAGCAGAAGCUCUUGCAGGAGGGAGCACAGAGUUUGGGAUGUUUCUUGCCAACAGUGAUCUGUAGGGAGAACACAAAACAACCCUUGCAGUGCUGGUCCCCUGGCUCCUAAUCCUUUCCUUUGUUUUCCCCCUGCACUCAAACCACUUCUGCACUCAAACCACUUCUGCAUGCACCAGGCAGAGGGACAACACACCUUGAUACUAACAGAGAGAUGACACUCUGCUCCCAGGCUGGUCACAGAAUCCUCUCUGCUGGGGGUCAAAAGCAAUAAUGGCUCAUUUCCCUGAACUGAACACACCUGCCCAGGCAAAUGUCAGCCAGAGGUUGUGCUGCUGGGAGCUGUGACAAGGCUGUGCCCAAGCACAGGGCAGCAGCUGAAGGGCCUCAGAGAGCUGGAGGGUGGGGGAGGCAAUAGAUAAAGCACACUGUGAUUUCACUGGGGUCAAUGAGUGAGUGUAUUUCAGCCAUUCCUUCCCUUCCAAGACUCUGUUUGUAUGACAGACCCCCAGUUGAGCUCCUGGAAC